AUGACCGACCUGCGACGGCUUAACAAGAUCAAUAGCGCAAAAAGACAAAAACAUAGCCAUAACUAUAUGGCAACAAAGUCACUGAUACCAACAUUGGCGAACUAUAUCGAGCGGCCCAGUACAGCUAGUGUUGAAGAUAUAAGCACAUCAAGUGCUUUAUAUGGUCCCCUUUUGUCCAAGUCUUUUGAAUCAAGACAAUACAUUUUGAAAGAUUUUAGAGAUUUAAUACUUGCAGGUGACGUUAAUAAGAUUCGAGAAGCAGUAGCCCAUUUGAUCGGAAAAAACCACUUAUCUACUAAUGAAUGGAGUACAUAUGAUGAAAAGGCACUUACAGAUUAUCAAGAAUGCUAUGUUAAAUGUUUGCUAGAUAUGGGAGAGAUUGAAAGUGCCACGAUCUUUAUGUUGCAUCUUCAUAGAGAAAAAGCAAAAGAUGGGAAGGAAGGUACUCGAAUAGUAUAUAAGCACUUCCCAUUGUUAUUGCAGGUGGCAAGUAAUGCAAGCGUGCGUUAUUUCCCCCAAAAUGCAUAUUGCAUCUUGCAACUUUUGAAUAAUUUUGAUAAAGCUGUUGUUGAAUCUAAGGACUUGUACAGGAGUUUGUUAUAUCUAAGUUCAUCUACAUUAGGAAAUUAUUUUGCAAAUUACUUGUUUUUCAAACUAUGGAAGGAUGGAUCAUUGCAAGUAUUGAGCUCACAACAGUUGGCAGAUGUUGUUGAGUCGAUGCUAAGUGUCAAUAUCGACAAUGGUGACUCUAUUAAAGCAAUGGAAGUUUGGAAUAUCACUUACAAGCAUUUAAGCGCACAAGUUCCUUAUAGAAAUAUUCGAAAAAUUUCUAGUUUGUUGAUUGCGUUGGUUACGAUCCAUCAUAACACGACAACACUGUUGGAAUUGCUUGUGAACUUACCUACAGUAUUCAACACACUGGACAUGAUUGAUUUCAAAAUUUCUUUUUAUGCAGACCAUGACCAUCACUUGUUUCGCACCACAGUCCAAGACUUAAAAACUCCACUUCGUAGAACAUCACUAACUGGCUUAUUAAAAGGAUAUUUAGCUUUGGGAGAUGACAAAACAGUACAAAAAGUGGUUAAUACAAUCAAACUGCACUCGCUGCUCAAUGCAAAGGAGAAUGAAUUGUUGAUCAAAACGAGGUGGAGUAAGGGCAAAUUUGACGAAUGUAAAUCAAAGGUAAAGAGUCUUAACCUUGAUGAAGCCAAAUUGGCGUAUCUAUUCAUAUUUAGUAAAGUUGCAUCUUGCAAAGAUUGCAAAUUCUUUAAUGAUUUAUAUAACAAGUUCUCGGUUCUACCACCAAACGACCAUGUACGAGAACAAUUUACGAUUGAAGUUUUGAAAAGGAUAUGCAAAGUCAACUUGCGCCAAGGUAUCCGAUACUAUAUCAAGUUUGUACGCGCUGUAAACCAGCAGAUUUACAAAUCCAAUACAUACUAUUUGAAAAUAGAUCUUGAGCGGUACAAUCUACCAAACAAUUUUGUGAAACUCCUUCAUCUUACUCCUGCAGGCAUGGUGGAGUGUCUCAAAAUUCUUGCUAGAUUAGCAGUGUAUCACCAGGACAAAGUAUCACUCAAAUGGACCAUAGACGAGUUAAGACGUUCGGGUUGGGAUUUUCCAUCUAUAAUAGAAUACUUGCGAGCUUUUGAUAAUGCAAAUUAUUUGCACCAGGUUCUUAAACCAAGACUACUACAAUAA